CCACAUUCCUGCAGUCAUGAGGCCGAGCUGAUCUGAGUCACACGCUUUAGAGAGAGAGAGAGAGAGAGAGAGAGAGAGAGAGAGAAGCAGAAGCAGGGGGUAGAUAUUAACAGUAUCAUACGCCACAGUUUGUGAAGGCUGCAACACAGCAUACGUCGAUGCUUUCAAGACAGAAACUAUUUAUGUGGAAAUGUUCCCUGGAGACACGUGCUGCACAGGGACCAGGGAGGGAACGCAGGCAUCACAGCUUGGUUGACAGGAUGGUUUUUCAUCUGAAAAGCAGGGUUUGGUGACCUCUGAAGCGAUGGAGGACAAAACUCAAGGUUGUCCGGUGACGGAGGAGAGUGAGGUGGACGUGCAGAUCAGACAAACCAAACCUGAACCACAAGCAAACAACAACAGACCCAGCUGGUCAAACGGCCAGUGUGUUCUGUCGGUGUCGAGCUGCUCAUCGUUAAACCCCAGGUUUGAUCUGUCUCAGUGUCGCGCCAAACUGGAGAACACUGGCUUCCAGAUUCCAGUCGCCGACAUGGAAGAUCCACUGAGAACAGCUCUGGAGGUUCCCUCAGUGAGGAGAUACAUGGUUUUUAACUCUGCUUGCUUUCAUUUCAUGAUGGCACCGGUGCUCUAUGUUGUGGUGUGGUGCGCCGUGUUCUCCACCCUCCACCUCUACAUCACAGUCAGCGACUACUGGGUUCUCUGUCUCUGUGUCAGCUUGGUCUCCAUCUUCCUCACCACUGCCAUCAUCUUCAUCCUGCACCAGAGUAACAAGCAGAUCAACAUGAAUUUAGACGUGCGGUUAAUCCAGGUGAAUGAGAGGAUGGUGAAGCACAAGCUGCUGGUGGCCGUGGCCGACUGGGUCCAGAGCUGCAACGGAAACAUGCAGUUGUACUUUGUGUACUGGGACAUGACGCGCUGCCUGAGGGCCCUGACUGAAGCUUUAGAGGAGCGCAGCUUUGUGGCGAAUAACAUCCAGAAAAAGCUGAAGCGGAAAAUGGCCCAUCUCGUCCUCGUGACUGAGGUCCCGGCUGUUGACCUGGAGGUCGGCGGCUCAGACGUGGAGCAGCAGGCCUCGGAGGAACAGAGGCCUCUGCUCACGCACGACGACCAGGACGCGGGCUGCAGUACCUCAUCCAGCCAGCGGGACGACACCAACGUCACCGUCAACUACAGCCUCCUCCCCGACCCAUCGUUACCGGCUCAGGCUAAAGCCAACCAGCUUCUGAUGACGUACAGCGCAGCCUAUGUGAAGCUGCUGGUGUCUGAGAGGUUGUCGGGACCGUCCCACCACCGCCUGCGCUCCCGGAGGAACCACUGCACCCUCGCCCCCCUCUGCCUCUGCCAGUUCAUCAAGAAGAAGAUCCUCCAGUAGCAGAGCGGACCUCAAACCAAACACACAAAAGACUCUUGAUCUGAUAAACUGAGAUUUCUUUCCGGAGCAAACGUGGCUGAAAGACACUCUGCACUCGUGAUGUCUCUCUUCUAAAGUCUGGCUUCUCUGGCCUGUGGGCUUCUGUGCCUGCGUCGCUGUCUUCACGCCAGCUCUGUGUUGGCACCACCUGGAUAUUUGUCCAUUUGCCACCUGCCAAAUGGCGUCACACUGAGAACACAUGCAGGUCAAUCCAGCUGCUGUUAAGCAAUAUUUGUACUCUUGUAUACACAACAAUCGAGGCACUGGGUUCAUCUGUUUAAAUCACUUCCAUGAACAAUUAAUAGAUUUGUGUGAUUUGCAGUAGAGUCUACAGUAUCGGGGCAAUGGUAGAAUAAACUUUGAACCAUAACUGUGUAUAAAGAUGGAGGACAUGACUGCUCCAAAGAUUCUGGAUCCGUCUGGAGGGUUGAGACGCGUCAUCCAUCUUUACUUACAGGCUAUGUUCGUUUGUACUUUAUACUUCUAUCAUUCCCUCUGAAAUGCUGUAAAGUAGAUGUACCUACAAAUUGUACUUAAAUGCAGUAGUUGGGUGGAUGUACUUAAUUUCACUUAACCACCACGGUUUGAAUGUAAUUUCAGUGUUGCUAUCGGUACGAUCAAUCUAGUAAAAAAACUUUCGAGCA